CAUGCAGAGACCAAUCCAAACGGCCAAUCCCCCUCCUUGUUUACACACAUAACACCCAUUACAAAAGCAUUAAAGUCCUUUUCUUUAGGCUCAUCUUGACGCUCAAGGCCACCUUCAGGAGCUCCUGAAACUUGUGAUGGAGGAACAAAGGAGGGAGCUUGGUGGUCAUGGUGUGAUGGAGGGCAGGCGGUAUAGAGGAGUGAGGAGGAGAGCUUGGGGAAAAUGGGUGGCUGAAAUAAGAAUGCCCAAUUGCAGGGCUCGGGUGUGGCUGGGGUCGUACACAACACCCGAGCAGGCCGCCAGGGCGUACGACGCCGCUUCUUUGUGCUUGCGCGGGCCCUCCGGUUUCCUCAACUUCGCCGACCAACCACCUGCAAUUCCAUACCCAUGUCAUUACUCCACCCGGGAAAUCCAGGCCGUUGCUCAGGCAGCCGCCGCUGAGAUCGCCACCGUUUAUUUCAUUCCUCAGUCUCUGCCGACUAGUGAGUUUGCUCGGCCUUUGCCUGCGGAGUUUCAUGGUGGUGCUUCAAUGGCGAAUGUGGAUCGUGGGUUGGGUAGAGAAGAACAGGGUCGAAUUGGGUUUCUUGGGGAGGAGAAUGGGUUUAAUCAUGGUGGUGUUGGAUAUCCAGGUAUUGUGAGUAUGUUUGAUGAUCGAUCGGUGCCCGGUUUAGGCUUUCCUAACUUGAAUGAUGAGUCCUUUGAGAAUGUCACAGGUGGGUUUCUGUAGAAUGUCAAUGGUGUAUUAGUUUUUUGUUUUUUUUAAAGCAGCUAUGAGGUCUUUGAUGGUGAGUUUAGGUGUUUAAGGAUUUCAGUUGUUUUCAUGGAGACAAAUUACUGUAUGCGUAUAAAAAGUUUGGAAUGGAAUAAAGUUUUAGCAACUUUUAUUGGGAGAAUGUCUA